GAGAGCUGUGUGCACGCGGUUGGUAGGAUAGCUUGUUGAGAACACCGGUCUGAAAGUGCCUUUUAAUCAAGUUUAACUCAUUGAAGAAAUGUUCACCAUGGCUAAACACAUAAAUCUGACUUGUGAAGAAAUCCACCAGAAUAAUGGAUACAUCUACAAUGUUUCAUCUGAUAUAGAAUCCAAAUACCUCCUGGACACAGAUUGUCAUAGCCGCUGGUAUGACCAGAAUGAUACAUUUAUUGCUGACUGGACCUCCCCUGACAAAAAGGCCUCAUCAGUCAUUGAUGUUCAGCCAGAAUACCUAAUAACUACAGAGUGUCUGAACAAUCUUGGCCAUAAACUCACAUGUGAUCAUCUUGCAAAAAAGUUUGAACACAUAUAUAACGUUUUUACAAUGAGUACAUCAAACCGCCCUGAAACCAGCAUUUUCACAAAUAGUCCAUCAAGCCCUCCUGAAACCAGCAAUAACUCUCUCUGGUUCCUUCUUCUCCUGCUGCUGCUCCUCAUUCUGAUUGCUGCUGGUGUGUAUUGCUGGUUGAAAAAACGCAGGAAUCAAACUAUUUGUUGCGUUCCUGGACGUCCUGCUGGGAGAGAUGAAAACAGAAAUGGUGUUGGCACCAUACAGAUGGACCCCCAGCGCAACGGAGGAACCCCACUGCUGUCUGACCACCAGCCCAAUGGAGGAACCCCACUGCUGUCCAACUACCAGCCCAAUGGAGGAACCCCUCUGUUGUCCAACCACCAGCCCAAUGGAGGAACCCCACUGCUGUCCAACUUCCAGCCCAAUGGAGGAACCCCACUGCUGUCCAACUUCCAGCCCAAUGGAGGAACCCCUCUGUUGUUGAACCACCAGCCCAAUGGAGGAACCCCACUGCUGUCCAACUACCAGCCCAAUGGAGGAACCCCACUGCUGUCCAACUACCAGCCCAAUGGAGGAACCCCACUGCUGUCCAACUUCCAGCCCAAUGGAGGAACCCCACUGCUGUCCAACUACCAGCCCAAUGGAGGAACCCCUCUGUUGUCCAACCACCAGCCCAAUGGAGGAACCCCUCUGUUGUCCAACCACCAGCCCAAUGGAGGAACCCCUCUGUUGUCUGACCACCAGCCCAAUGGAGGAACCCCUCUGUUGUCUGACCACCAGCUCAAUGUUGGAACCCCUCUGUUGUCUGACCACCAGCUCAAUGGAGGAACCCCUCUGUUGUCUGACCACCAGCUCAAUGGAGGAACCCCACUGCUGAACAACAACACUACUGCAAAUCGAGAUCCUGAAGAAAUAAACGGAAACGUUAACGGGGAGAUCAAACCGUCGGACAACGAGCACAAAGAAGAAACUCAAGUACUGAACAACCAAACAGCUGAGGGUGGUACCUUGAAACAACAUUAAUUGGCUCUGGGAGUGAUGCUGAGUUUAAAAGGCGUUGAGUUUUAAGGGAGGAAUGUGUGAUCUCCAUCAGCCAAUGAGGACCACUGGUUCACUCCAGACUCUCUUUCUAUAUGCUUUAUGCUGCACUUUCAUCUUAAUUACAUCAGUUUUUUGCCAUCGCCAUCUGGUGGUGCUGUUACAUUAGACUUUAUAGAAUUUUAUAUAUGAAAUAAAAUUUUCUGUGGGUUCAGAUUAAACGAUGGGGUGCCUCAGGGUUCAGUUCUAGGUCCACUUUUAUAUAUCGCCUACUUGCUCCACAUUGUCCACAUUAUUUGGCAAUAUGAUCUAAAGUACCAUUUCCAUACAGAUGGUUUUCAAAUCCUUUUCAGCACCCAAAGGAAAAAGAAUGCCUUUGUCAUAUAUACAUAUACAUAUAUAUACUACGAAAAAAAAAUUUCUGCAUAUCCCAGCUCGUUUGGAAGCUAUUGUACAGCGCCCCUGGAGCCGAGAAGAUUAAGGGCUUUGCUCAAGGACCCAACUGUGGCUACAUAGCAGAGGCUGGAUUUGAACCGACAAUAUUUUGAUUGAUAGCCGAAGCUCUGCCCACUAGGCUACCACUGUCCCAAAACCAAUGAACCUUACCUUCCUGUAACACUCGUAAACUACCUAAAAGAAAUAAAACAGUGUAUCUAAUUUGGUCAGAUUAAACUAUGACUGUACAGAAGUCAUGCUGGUUGGACCUAGAGUUGCUCUUGCCAAAGUAAAUCCUUAACACUUUAAUUCUGUUACCACAGAACCUGCAUUUUUCCACUUUUGCAAUAUUGCACAGCUUUUUUUUCUUUUCUGUUUUCAUGAUGCAGAAAUACAGAUUCAUGGUUUCAUCACAUCAUGUUCUGAUUGUUCCUUCUAAAUUCCUGCACUGUUAGACUGUUGGUACAAACUCUGCCCAUAUUCAGCUCAAAAUUCUCACUCUUGUGUACAAGGCACUUAUGUCUGAUAUAUCAGAAAUAUUUCUCCCUUAUACACAGACACACUCAUUUAGGAUGGGAAGGAGGCCAAACUCAGUACAGUAAUCCCUCCUCGAUCGUGGGGGGUUGCGUUCCAGAACCCUCCGCGAAAGGUGAAAAUCCGUGAAGUAAAAACAUGUGUUUAUAUGGUUAUUUUUAUAACCCGAUUCCAUCGGCUUUAGCAUUUAGCAUCUUGUCAUCUUGCUAACGUCAAUAUAACGUCUAUCUUCAUGUAACGAUAACGGUUACAUUUCCUGACAAGCUCGAACUUGCUUAUACAAGUUAAAAAUCAGUAAUAUUUUAUUUACGUUUGAAAAGAACUCCAUUCGUUUGUCUGUACCUUCAGCCAUGUUUAUCUUUCUGCGAGAGAGGAGCACCUGACCCGCAAUGAACUCUGGGAUUGUCUUGAUCACUAAGGCAGCGUCGGAUGCCUUAUGGCAGGCCGUUUUAACAUAAAAUGGCUUUCGUUUGAUUAUCUGUAAUUAAAUUCUGGAUAUCUAAAUAUGAGUUUUGACUAGUAACAAUUACAUUUUGACUAUCCGGAAUGGCGAUUCAAGAUAUCUGCAUUUACAAUCUGACCAGUAAGAAGAACAAUUCAAGAUAUCUUCAGUUACAUUUUGACGGGUCAGAACGGCUUUCAAGAUAUCUCUAAUGACGUCACUGGAUUCGUCAUUUGAAUGGUCACACAUCCGUAAUUACAAUUCAAGAUAUCUCUAACGUGACAUUUUCAGAUAUCUAUAGAAAUUACGUGCAUAAGGCCCCUUUGUGAUGCCACUGAGCCGUCCAAACUUUUGCCUGCGGAAUUUUGGGAUUCGGACUGCGGUAGUUUAAGGCUACAUACUCCAAAAACUAUUUUAUAAUCAUUUUAAUAUAACACGUAUUUAUUUAAGGAAAGGUUAAACUGAAACCGCUGAUCGAGCUCCCACUUCAGCUAACACGUUACGGACCGUCAUAAAACUAACAGAGAAACGUAGAAAACAUUUCCUCUGCACUUAUUACAGACAAAUAAAUCAAUUAAAGUCUUGUCAUGUAUUGAUGAAUUAAUGUCAAACUAUUUUUAUACAAACACAUCAAUGUUUCUCAUCUACUACAAACCCUAUAUAUUUUUUUAAAGUUAAUAUUUAUUUUAUAUUCAUUUUAAAUGAAGAUCAGUAAAUCUGUGAUAAUUUUAUAUUGGAGAUUAAUAAAUCUAUAAAUGUCUCAAGAAAUUUUUAGCAUUCCUAUAUGCAAACAAUCAAUGUUCCUCACCUACUACAAACCUUGUUUUUUAUUGUAAUUUAUUUUAUAUUAAAUGUAUAUUAAAGAUAAAUAAAUCUAUUAAACUCUGAUAUGGUUUAAAUUAAUACAGUCAAACUAUUUUUUAUAAACACAUAUUAAUGUCCCUCACAUCCUUUCUUUUUUUAUAUAUGUAAUGUAUAUUAAUAUUAUUGUGCAAAUAAAUAAAUGUAUUAAAGUUGAUAAAGUUUGAUAAAUUAAUGUUAAACAAUUUUUAUGCAAUCAUAUUAAUGUCCCUUACCUCCUACAAACCUUAUAUUUUUAAAUAACUUUUGUUUUGUAUUUAUUUUAUAUUAAUUUUAAAUGAAGAUUAAUACAUUUGUUAUCAUUUAAUAAUGGAGAUAAAUAAAUCUAUUAAAGUCUGAUAUGUAUUCACUUUUGUCAAACCACAUAUUCAUUUCUCUCACCUACUACAAACUUUAUUUUUUUUUACAUGCAUUUUAUAUAAUUAUUUAUAGUGAAGAUUAAUAAUGUAAUAGUUGUACAGUGCUCAUAAAUAAAUCUUUUAAAAACCUUG